AUGGCUGCCCUGGCUCAAGCUCAACCCCAGCCUGACCAGGCUCGGCGGCAUAUUGACACCAUCCGUCGAGAAGCCGGACUCGAAACCGGCCAAGGCUCAAACCGAAACGUUCAAAACCUUCAGAACGCUCUUCACACACUCGCCGAGGAACUCUACCAAAAAUCAACUCAUUUUCUGCUGGAGUUGAUCCAGAACGCAGAUGACAAUGAAUACGACGUCGCCGAGCCAAGUAUUACUCUGACAUAUAAGAACCGCUAUCUGCGGGUCGACUGCAACGAACGAGGCUUCAGCCCAAAGAAUGUCGAAGCCAUCUGUAGGGUUGGUAGCAGUACCAAAGCAGGGCAAGACCGUGCUUCGAGCUAUGUCGGAGAGAAAGGCAUUGGGUUCAAGUCGGUUUUCAAAGCUGCAGAUGUUGUCUGGAUCUCAUCCAAUUCGUACACUUUCAAGUUCGACAAGAGACAGGUCUUGGGUAUGAUAGCGCCCAUCUGGGAGCCUUUCCCGGGUCCGUCCGAGCCAUCGAUGACCUCCAUCCUCUUGCAACUGUCCCCCGACUACCAGGAGAAAGGACUGCUAUCUGACCUCAAACAAUUCGACCCUCGGAUGCUGAUGUUUCUACGUCGCUUGAAGAGGGUCAAAAUCAUCAUUCAUGAAGGCGGGGCUCCCUGGGAGACCACUUUGAGCAAGAACAUCGGGAUAUCCCACCAGGAGACUUCCGUUGAGCUCACCCAGGACGACAAAACGAUGCGGUAUUUGGUCAGUUCUUACACCGCAAGGAGUCUUGCACCGGAGCCCAAGCGACCUGGAGCGACUGAAUCACAAAUCAUGCUUGCCUUUCCAGACUUUGCAGAAACGGAAACCAUAGAGCCCCAGAAGGUUUAUGCUUUUCUUCCCAUCAGAGACUACGGGUUCAAUUUCUUGCUGCAUGGAGAUUUUCUUCUCUCUGCCAACCGAGAGGACAUCUUGGACCAUUCGGAGUGGAACUGGUCCCUUAGACGAGAAUUUGUGGAUGCUUUCGUGGCUGUGGCUAAGACAUACAGCCAUAGCCAGCUAGGUUACAUUUGGCCUCGAUACAUCCCGCUCAAAUCGACGCAAUCUCAAUUCUUUGCGCCCGCAAGACAGGCGAUCAUUGCGCAGCUUUCUCAAGAGCGUGUGCUGAAAUGCCGGACUUCCGAACUGAGAAUGCCAUGUUCUUUGUUUCAUGUCCCCAAGGACUUCUGCGAUAAAGAGGGUAUACCGAUGACCUCCACUACAACAAGCGAUCAGCGUUAUCUAAGUCCUCAAUACUCCGACUCCCUAAAGGAGAAUCUAGAGCUGCUCGGAGUGAAGGAAAUGACCGACUCCAUCUUCUUGGACCACCUAUCAGCCUUGCUGGACCAAGAUGCUGUCUCAUUCCAAAAGCAAAAAUCGGUUGCCUGGCAUACCCGACUUGCGGAAAUCUUGUUGAAACUCUCCUUCGAGGCUGCCAAUCAUGAAAGAAUCGUUGAUUUGCCGGUAAUCCCGCUCAGUGACGGUCGAUGGGUGUCUGCAAAGGAGGAAUACAUCUAUCUCCCCCAGGAGGCGGAAAACUGCCCUGCACCUGAGGGCUUCAGACUCUCGUUGGUCCGUGAAGAUGCAGCCAAUCAUCCAACUGCUCGUUCACUGUAUUUGCAGCUCGGACUGAAAGUCCUUGGACAAGACAGUAUCGCCCUUGGCAUCAUCAAUGAGCACAUGAAGGAAUCCUUCAACCCGUACUCGAUGACCGUUCCACAGCUCAUUUCCCAGCUUGCUUUCCUCUUCCAUGCCAGAAUCGACGACUUGCGUGUCAAACAUGUUUGGGUCACGACUGGGAUCGGUUCCGCUCGUUUCCGCGCCGAGGAGACAUACUUGCCUUCGAAAAAUCCCUUCGCCGCGAGCCAUUACUUCGCGGGCCGGCCUGAGAUCCCGUUCCUCCAUGCCGACUAUUCGACCGCUGGCAGAGAGAAUACUACCCGAUGGUUUGAGUGGCUUGAGAGUGUUGCCGGCAUGUCCAUCCUGCCGCGACUGACCGAACGUGUUCUGAGUCAACCAAGGUACUUUCGCCUGUCCCGCCAUUUUUUGUUCAUCAUGGAGUCCAACGAGCCCAAGGACUUCUUGGUCCUCCUCCGAGACAACUGGAACCAUUACUCAAGUUGGUUCGAAGAUGACGGCGGUGUUUUCCCGAAUGAUUCGCGAGAGCUCAGUCGAGAACGCGUCAUAAAAGAAAUACAGGCAUCGCCGGUGCGAUGCCGAGGUGGCAUAACAAAGUCCUUGCGGGACGUUUUUCUGCCAAUCCCUGAACUCGUGGACAAGGCACAGGGCCAAGUGCCUUUCAUUGACGUCGCCGAUCCUCUUGACCAACGCUGGCGAAGACUGGGUGUUCUUGGUUUAGGCGUGGAGGGAAAUGUGAGCUUUUACCUACGCUGCCUAGAAUCAAUGCGCGGGAAAGGCGACCCGGCACCGGUGGAUCGGGCCACCAUGCUGCUUGAGCAAAUUCAAGCACGAUAUUCGGAUGACGAGGAACUUGUAAGAAAAUAUUUCACGGAAAAGCCGCUUAUCUGCAUACCAAACACGCAAGCGGGCCGACCAGUGCGCUGGGCCAAAGUACAGGACUGCCUGUGGAGUGGCCCGGAAUGCCUCCGGCGAUUUGUGGCCCUCAAGAACAUCUAUCCAUCGUGUCAGAGGCUCUUCCGCGACUUCUUCCUAGUCGCAGAUGCUACUAUUUCGGAUGUUGUCCGCGAGCUCACAUUAAUCAACAUAGGUGAUCCUCUGGCCUACAUCAGGAGCUUGUUCUUGGAGUUAGAGAAACAACUCGAGAAAGACGAAACAUCUACUGCUGUUGAUUCGCUUCAAACGCACAGUAUAUGGCCAAUCUACACGACGGAGGACAAGGAUGACUGGGAUGCGCUUGGAUGUGCGAGGGAACCCAUCCCGUGGUUCAUUGCUGACCGAGUGCAUUUACUUGAAAGUUUCCAGGGCCUUGUUCCUCUAUUGGCGUUCCAGGUUGAAGAUAUCCUCAAGAUGCCGCUCCUCAUCAGAAAGCUUGGUGUCGACAGGAGAAGGCUGACCCGAGCAGCUACGAGCAUCGCUGAAACCGUGGAUGUCGUACACUCUGACACGGCUUGCCAGGACGACUUACGUUCAAAAGCGGAUUUCAUCGCAAGGUUGAUUCCACAGAAGGAACGCGGCAAGAUGGAAAAAGUCGCUAAACUGAAAGCCUUGAAGGUCUUCUCGACUUCACGAGUGAUCCAAAAGUGGUCUGUUCCAGUUGGGCAGGAGGCACACCCAGGACGGGCCAAAGACGGAAGUGUUGUGCUCGCAACUGAACACGAGGUCCUCGAGAUCUAUCUCAAAGAACGGUACUUUGAGGAGAAUAAGACACCCGCCGACCUAGUCGAGGCAAUUGCAGGUUUCUGCGCAAUCGAGGACCGACACUCGCUUCUGCUUACAAUUGCCCUGACGGAGAAGCCACCAAAGGUCCAUGAAUGGUUUCAGCGCCACGGGAUUUCCGCUCUCAACCUCGAAGAUGACCUUCCGGACGAUGUGACAGACAUUGACGAUUUCGAUCCCCGGAAGAAGGUAGGAACCACUCCCCGUCGCAUUUACAAGACAGUGGUUUUGAAGGACGAUUUGGUACGAAUGUUCGUUCCCUUUGCUUCACUGCAGGAAUUCGGCAUGGGAGGUCUCGCUUUGGCAUACCAGGUCGCCGAUGGCACUAGCGGGCUUCUGAUGGACCACAAUUGGAAUGCCGCGGAUCUUUACCUGGAUGAUGAUGACAAGUCGAUCGUAUCUAAAGCCGAGUCGAGCUGGUCAGGAACAACAAUCGGCGGUGGAGGGGCAAAAUUACUCGGGCUAUUGGGCGGCUCGAAAAUGCGGAGAAAAAUGUUCCAGAAAACUCUGACGCCAGCGGUCAAUGAGGACUUGGAGUAUGUUGGGCAGAGGAAGGUCUCGCACGAGCUCCGUCGCAUGCUCGGAAAAGCCUAUGAUCCCAACAAACACUGGACGAGCCCUCUGCGGACCCGCGACGGCAACAAGACGUUUUCACCCGAUCGGAACAGCGAUGGCAAGCCGAAGGUUUAUGCCAGCUUUACCAUCAAAGACACCAGCAAGGUCUUCACCCGUUACCUUGCUCAGGGGUACUCGGACGCAGCCAAAUGGGUGGUCAAGCCGCCUGUGUACCAUCUGGAUGUGAAGACCACAGCCGGGAAUCUGAACUCUGAGUUUUCCGUCAGCAAUGCCCAGUUGAAGAUGGCUCGCAUAUACACAAUCCCUGCACGAGAGGUUUCCGGGAUUCCAAGCAACGUCUAUGUCCUGGUUCGGGCUUUCAACACACAUGACAAGGAUGCAGAUAUACAGUUCCUGUUGGACCCCUGGUCACUUUAUUUGGCAAACAAGAUGGACCUGGAGGCGGAUAAGGAGUAUCGCGCAAGACUACAGGGAGCUGGCACGUGA